AGACUCCUGCUCCUGAUCAUCUGACCAGAGGAACUGUUAUUUUUCUUCUUUGGAGAUGAAGAAAAUAUUCAUGACCAGAUGACUUACAGAAUGCUUUUGAAAAGAAUGGAAGAAUACUAAAUCAUUGCCAUAACUGAGGAGCAAGUUGUUUUUUGGAGAAAUCCUGUUCUUGGGAUAUUUCUUGCUUCUAAUUGAAAAGAUUAAAGAAUACAACUUUACACCAAAGGCAAAUCUGUUACCAUCAAGUUGAUUCUGACUUACAUUGACCCCUAGAGGACUCUGCAGUAGAACGGCCCCAUAUGGUUUCUAAGGCUGUAAUCUUUAAGGAAGGUGACUGCCACAUGCUUCUACUGUGGAGAUAUCUGGUGGGUUUGAACUCCUAAACUUUUGGUUAGCAGCCUAUUACUUAACCACCGUGUGACCAGGGAUCCUUACAACUACCAAAGUCUUCAGUAUAUCUGCAUUUAUGACCACAUUGUAAAUAACAAUGAGCAUAGCAUUACACUGGUCUUCCUAGUGAGAUUUGGAAUCUUGCAUCGGUGAACAUGAGUGAUCCAAGACUGUCACAAGAAGAGAAGCACAAGCUAAGACCCUCUUCAAAGUUUAAGGAUCCUCCCAGAAUCAUGCAGACAGAUGAUUAUUUUGCUCGGAAAUUUAAAGCCAUUAAUGGCAACAUGGGACCUCCUACUUCUUUAAAUGCUUCAAAUUCCAGUGACAGUGGUGGUCCACCGAAUGGUACCCCAGUCGUACCCAAAAUGGGUGUGAGGGCAAGAGUAUCUGAAUGGCCUCCUAAAAAGGAUGGCUCCAAGGAGGUAUCCUCCAAGGGACUGUGGGAGAGCCAUUCCCAAACCAGUUAUGAAAGUGUCACCUCCAUCAUGCACAAUGGACAAAAUGACCAGAGUGACGGUCAACAAGAGGAUCAGCUUGAUCUAGAAUUUGUGGAGGCAAAGUAUACAAUUGGAGACAUCUUUGUGCAUUCUCCUCAAAGAGGACUUCACCCCAUACGACAGAGAAGCAAUAGUGAUGUAACCAUCAGUGACAUCGAUGCUGAAGACGUCUUAGACCAACAUGCAGUGAACCCCAACACGGGGGCAGCUCUCCACCGAGAAUAUGGAAGCACAUCUUCAAUUGACAGACAGGGUUUAACUGGUGAGAACUUUUUUGCUAUGCUCAGAGGAUACCGAGUUGAAAAUUAUGACCACAAAGCAAUGAUCCCUUUUGGGUUCCCCGAGUUCUUCUCUUGUGAUCCUGCGAUCUCUCCUAGCCUUCAUGCAGCAGCACAGAUUUCUAGAGGAGAGUUUGUGCGUGUCUCAGGGUUAGACUACAUGGACAGUGCUGCCCUACUGGGGAGAGACCGGGACAAACCUUUCAAACGGAGGUUAAAGUCAGAGUCAGUGGAAACAUCCCUUUUUCGAAAGUUGCGAACUGUGAAAAGUGAACAUGAAACUUUCAGAUUCACAUCUGAUCUGGAGGACAGUCGUCUUGAAAGGGGCGUGCAGCCUUGGCAUUGUCAAAGAUGUUUUGCACAUUAUGAUGUCCAGAGCAUUUUGUUUAAUAUUAACGAAGCCAUGGCAAUAAGGGAUAAUGUGGGGAAAAGGAAAAACAUAACCACUGGGGCUUCUGCAGCAUCCCAGACUCAGAUGCCAGUGGGCCAGACGGGCACCUGUGAGUCCCCUUUAGGGAGCAAAGAGGACCUUAACUCGAAAGAAAACCUGGAUGCCGAUGAGGGUGAUGGGAAAAGUAAUGAUCUUGUCCUGAGUUGUCCUUACUUUAGAAAUGAGAUAGGAGGGGAAGGUGACAGAAGAAUUGCUCUUUCCAGAGCCAACUCAACAUCCUUCAGUUCUGGGGAAAGCUGCUCGUUUGAAUCAUCUCUCAGCUCUCACUGCACAAAUGCAGGUGUCUCAGUUUUGGAGGUGCCCAGAGAGAACCAGCCGAUUCACAGGGAGAAAGUGAAGCGCUACAUCAUAGAACACAUUGACCUUGGGGCCUACUAUUACCGAAAGUUCUUCUAUGGAAAAGAGCACCAAAACUACUUUGGGAUCGAUGAGAACCUUGGCCCUGUGGCCAUAAGCAUCCGGAGAGAGAAGGUUGAUGACACUAAAGAGAAAGAAGGGUCCCAGUUCAACUACCGUGUAGCUCUCAGGACCAGUGAGCUUACAACACUGAGAGGAGCAAUUUUAGAGGAUGCCGUACCUUCCACUGCUAGGCAUGGUACUGCCCGUGGACUUCCUCUGAAAGAAGUUUUGGAAUAUGUCAUCCCAGAACUGAAUAUUCAGUGCCUGAGACAGGCUUCGAACUCACCCAAAGUCCUGGAGCAACUACUCAAGCUUGAUGAACAAGGGCUGAGCUUUCAGCACAAAAUCGGGAUCCUUUAUUGCAAAGCGGGCCAGAGCACGGAGGAAGAAAUGUAUAACAAUGAGACGGCGGGGCCAGCUUUUGAAGAAUUCCUUGAUCUUCUGGGCCAGAGAGUACGGCUAAAAGGAUUUAGUAAAUAUCGAGCUCAGCUAGACAAUAAAACUGAUUCUACAGGAACUCAUUCCCUCUAUACCACAUACAAGGAUUAUGAGCUCAUGUUCCAUGUGUCAACUUUGCUGCCCUACAUGCCCAACAAUAAACAACAGCUUCUAAGGAAAAGGCACAUAGGAAAUGACAUCGUUACCAUUGUCUUCCAAGAGCCCGGAGCACUUCCUUUUACUCCGAAAAGCAUCCGGUCUCACUUUCAGCACGUCUUUGUCAUUGUCAGAGUGCAUAACCCAUGUACGGAAAAUGUGUGCUACAGUGUUGGAGUGUCGAGAUCAAAAGAUGUGCCACCAUUUGGUCCACCAAUUCCCAAAGGCGUAACUUUUCCAAAGUCAGCAGUUUUUCGGGACUUCCUCUUAGCCAAAGUAAUCAAUGCAGAAAAUGCAGCCCAUAAAUCAGAAAAAUUUCGGGCAAUGGCCACUCGGACAAGGCAAGAGUACUUGAAAGAUCUGGCGGAGAACUUUGUCACGACCACCACUGUGGAUACCUCUGUAAAAUUCAGUUUCAUUACACUGGGCGCGAAGAAGAAGGAAAAAGUAAAGCCAAGGAAGGAUGCACAUUUAUUUAGCAUUGGCGCAAUCAUGUGGCAUGUAAUCACUAGGGACUUCGGCCAGUCUGCUGACAUUGAAUGUCUUCUUGGUAUCUCUAAUGAGUUUAUAAUGUUGAUUGAAAAGGAUUCCAAGAAUGUUAUAUUUAACUGCUCCUGCAGGGAUGUUAUUGGGUGGACAUCUGGAUUAAUGAGUAUCAAAGUGUUUUAUGAAAGAGGUGAAUGUAUCCUUCUAUCGACAGUGGAUAACUAUGCUGAAGAAAUAAGGGAGAUUGUUCAGAGGUUAGGAAUAGUCACAAGAGGCUGUGAGACUGUGGAAAUGACCUUGAGGAGAAACGGGCUAGGCCAGCUAGGCUUCCAUGUGAACUUUGAAGGAAUCGUUGCAGAUGUGGAGCCUUUUGGCUUUGCCUGGAAGGCUGGCCUGCGCCAAGGGAGCCGUCUGGUGGAGAUAUGCAAAGUGGCUGUGGCCACCCUGACCCAUGAGCAGAUGAUUGACCUGCUCCGGACCUCUGUGACAGUGAAAGUGGUUAUCAUCCAGCCCCACGAUGAUGGUUCACCCCGAAGAGGGUGCUCGGAGCUCUGCCGCAUCCCCAUGGUGGAAUACAAACUGGACAGUGAGGGCACACCAUGCGAGUACAAGACACCCUUCAGGAGGAACACUACCUGGCACCGAGUGCCCACCCCUGCCACCAUGCAGCCCCUCUCCAGAGUCUCGCCUGUGCCUGGCACACCCGACCGGCUACAGUGCCAACAGCUCCUCCAGCAAGCACAAGCAGCCAUCCCUCGUAGCACCUCCUUUGACCGGAAGCUGCCUGAUGGCACAAGGCCAGGUCAAGGUGUUGACCGUCCACAGAGCCCCCAGUGCACUGUUAAUGACUCUGGUCAACAUUGCAGAAGUUCGCCCAGCAACCAGUCAUCUUCCAGCGACCCGGGGCCCAGCGCCAGUGGUGGCCACUGGAGACAGCAAGUGCCAUAUGACGGGGGCCAGUCUCCUCUGCUACUUGACCACCAGGGCUCAGGCCCUCUGGAGUGUGAAGGGGCCAGGGAGCAGCGAGAGGACAUCGUGGAAGGAAGCAGGCACCCUGAAGCUAAAUGGCAUGGUCCACCUUCCAAAGUACGGAGUUCCUAUAAAGAAAGAGCCCUGCAGAAAGAUGGAAGUUGUAAAGAUUCUCCCAAUAAACUUUCUCAUAUUGGAGAUAAAAGUUGCUCACGUCAUUCCAGCAGCAAUACACUUUCCAGCAACACCUCCAGCAACAGUGAUGAUAAGCACUUUGGGUCUGCAGACCUGAUCGAUCCGGAACUGCUGGGCUUAACCUACAUUAAAGGGGCCUCCACGGACAGUGGUAUCGACACUACCCCCUGCGUGCCCACGUCGAUCCUUGGCCCAUUGCACCUGACUGGCAGCAGGUCCAUGGUCCACAGCCGGGCCGAGCAGUGGGCUGAGUCUGCUGACAUCUCUGGACCUGAUGCUGAACAAGUGAAGAUGUACGCAGUUCACAGCUACGCCUCUGCCAUUUCUGUCAGCAAUGCUGCCGAAGGCAGCAUAGGCGACCUUAGUGAGCUCUCCUCUCAUUCCAGUGGCUCACACCAUUCAGGAAGCCCUUCAGCUCACUGUUCCAAAAAUGGUGGAUCUCUGGAUACAUCCAAAGUCUACAUUGUGUCCCAUAGUAGCAGUCAACAGGCACCCGGGCCAGUGUCCAAGCCCUACCACAGACAGGGAGCAGUUAGCAAGUACGUCAUCGGUUGGAAGAAGUCGGAAGGCAGUCCACCACCAGAAGAGCCUGAGGUGACUGAGUGCCAGGGAAUAUAUAAUGAAUUGGAUACCAUGGCUAUAGCAAGUCCACAUCCGUCAGUGGGAGGAGAUGCCGUUUCAGAAACUCCACAUGUCUUGUCAAAAGAAGAUUUCCUGAAGUUGAUGCUUCCAGAUAGCCCCUUAGUGGAGGACGGAAGAAGAAAGUUUCUGUUUUAUGGGAACCUGUCUCCAAGAAGGUCGCUGUACCGCACGCUCUCGGAUGAGAGUAUCUGCAGUCAUCGGAGAAGCUCUUCUUUUGGCAGUUCUCGGAGUUCUGUGCUGGAUCAAGCCCUGCCCAAUGACAUUCUCUUCAGCACCACCCCGCCCUACCACAGCACCCUCCCUCCCAGGACCCAGCCUGUGCCCAGCAUGGGGAGUCUAAGAAAUGAGUGCUGGUUCUCUGAUGGGUCCCUAUCGGAUAAGUCCAAGUGCACAGACCCUGGCCUGAUGCCCCUCCCUGACACAGCUACAGGGUUGGAUUGGUCCCACCUGGUGGAUGCUGCACGGGCAUUUGAAGGUCUUGACUCAGAUGAAGAACGUGGGCUGCUCUGUCACCACACGCCCUAUCUAGACCAGAGAGUGGCCUCCUUCUGUACCUUGACAGACAUGCAACACAUGCAGGACUUGGAAGGGGCUCAGGAGCUCCCCUUAUGUGUAGACCCAGGCAAUGGGAAGGAUUUCCUGGAUACCACUGGGGAGCGAUCUCCAUCAACACUGACUGGCAAAGUCAAUCAGCUGGAGUUAAUUCUCCGACAACUGCAGACUGACCUUCAGAAGGAAAGGCAGGACAAAGCAGCUCUCCAAGCCCAAGUUCAGCAUUUGAGACACGAUAACAUGCGGCUACAGGAGGAGUCCCAAACAGCAGCCGCCCAGCUGAGGAAAUUCACCGAAUGGUUUUUCAAUACCAUUGACAAAAAAUCCUAACCGGGUCAUGCCCACCAAAAGACGAGCAUGGGAACAGCUGUGGUCCCCACCGAGUCACAAAAUGUGUUUAUAACCAUGCGUUCCAUCAGCCGUGGGUGUCUCUGCCCUUCCACUCCGGCCGGCACCACUGACACCAGCAGGAUCUGGAGCCGCGGUCCUUCUUGGUGGCCCCUUGGGAGAGGAGAGAGGAGAGCUGAUGUGAAGAUGACUGUACCUCCUGGGGUCAAGACGAAUGUAAACCUUGUUGUUGUGAACCUUUUCCCUUUAGGUUUUACUACAACGGUGCUCUGGCGGGGGCUUACCUCAAGGGGGAAGAUAGUCGGGUUGUAGUUCCUGUGUAUCAGGGGACCUGCUAGAGAUGUUAAAGCAAUUUACCAUAAUCUGGGCUUUAGGAUUGUAAAAUAAGCAUAAAAACAAAUAAUCAGAUGUAUACUUUAAUGUUAAAGGUGCUCUAUUUUUCUGUAUGUACAGUAGUGUAUGUCCCCAGCCACGUGAUCAUAGCAAUAAUAAAGGAGGCGCUUAGUACGGAGUUGGAGAAGCUGUGG